CCGAUACAUAAAACGACCCCCCCAUAGGUGUUCACUGGUGCCGCUCAAUUCCAACAUUCGGUUUCUGAUUCAAGCUCUUAACAAUGGCAACAAAUACAUCAACCAACGGUGACACAGUUAUGCUGCUAGAAGCUCCGCCAUCUUCACGGCCGUCGUGGUCCAGCAGCGCCGCACAAAUCGACGCAUUGCCGUACAUCGACGACGAGUACGGCGACCCCAAAGUCAAAGCAGAGGUUGACCGUUUAAUCGAAGAAGAAAUGCGUCGUAGUGCUAAACGACCGUCUGAUUAUCUUAAAGACCUCCCUCCUGUUGCCAAAUUCAACUUUGAGAAUUAUCCAAUGCUUGCAAGGGAGUAUGAGAGAGUGCGCAGUGGGAAACCGAUGGUGCCUCUUGAUAUGUCAAGGUAUGGGCUUGACGUUCCAACACGGAAUGAUGAAACUGCUUGGAAGCAGGCACUUCAGAAAUCUCAACGUUCAGUGCAACAUCAAGUUAUAAGGCUAGAAAAUUUGGAUCUAAUGUCAAAAUACGGGGCUGAUGUUUGGAAACAACACAAUCAGAGACUAGAAGCUUUCUUAUCAAGAAUGCAGGCACAGGCAACCGAGCUAAAUGAAAAGAUUGAAAUUGUUAACCGGGAAAGAAAAUAUCAUCAGCAACAAACGGCAUACGAGCUGAAUGCUUUAUCAGCACAAUGGAAGGAACUCUGUGAGAAGAACAUUGCAAUUGAAGGUGCAUGUGUCCAAGUUGAAAACCAUCUUGAACAGUUAAAAUCAGAAGCAGUAGAGAGAGGCUGGAAUCUCGAUACUAAUAUGGAGAAUGGCUCGUCUGUGCCUUGAGGAUGGACGAUUAGAUGGAAACACUGUUGAAUAGGGCGUACAUUUCUGGAAAAAGAUUUUGAAUCCGUCCCAAAAUACGCCAAUUGGUCUUUAAAUGUUGGUUGUAUACGUGAUAAUGGGUUUGUAGCCUUAAAUGUUUCCUUCCAUGAUUUUGUUGUUCAUGCAGAUUAGAUUCUGAUUGUAUGUCAUGAACAAUGUUGCAGAAUUUUCUAUUACUUUGCUUGUUGGUUCUAUAAAAAGGGAAGUUAACCGAGUUA